AUGGUCCAAGGUAAAGGUGCCAAGAACGCGUACUUGUCGAGGUUGAAGACUCCGGAAGAAGUCUUCAAGAUUUUGAUUGACUCGUAUCGUUUGCGCGUUGAACUCGAUCAUUCUCAUCGGCAGGAAGAUCACGGCAUUUACUACGAUCCUGCCAAACCUUUUCCGGACGGUCUUGUCUGGGUCAAAGGUGAUGCAAACGCAGACUUUCAGAGAUAUCUUGAUCUGGUAGAGGAGUCGAGUGUACUACCAGAGUGGUGGCGAUUUGAGAAUAGGAUGGAGUGUCUUGCUGAAGCUGUUGAUGAUAAGAACGAAGACAGUAUACUGAGGACGAUCGACCAGGAACAACUUGUGACGAAGUAUGAGGGCAAUAUGGCCAUCAGAAAUGUGCUUCUAAUCAUUGCUGAACUCGUAGUUGGCUACGAUGGGAAAGGACGAGCAAAAGAUGACAAAUGGUAUCAAGACUUUCAAGAACAUCUUGACUUACAUCCUGCAGAACGAGCUAGGUUGAUCGAAGGAACAAUCGAAGCAGUGAAGAAUGCUGGCAUCCUGCCAGGUCAAGAAGGGUGA